AAAUAUAUAUAUUCUCUUGUUUUUCGGCCCUGUCAUGGUUGCGGCUGUUUUUACGACACUGUUUUUUACGACACUGCUUUACGACACUGCACACGGUUCCUCAUCGCCCUGGAUCAAGAUGGCCUCGUCGUUUUGGAAAGGUGUUGUCGGCGUCGGACUCUUUGCCUUAGCUCACGCAGCUUUCUCCGCCGCACAGCAUCGAUCAUACAUGCGACUCACAGAGAAGGAGAACGAGACACUACCAAUUGAUAUUGUAUUACAGACCUUAUUAUCGUUUGUGAUGACCUGUUAUGGGAUCGUUCACAUUGCUGGAGAGUUCAAAGACAUGGACGCCUCCUCAGAGCUCAAGAACAAAACAUUUGAUACACUGAGGAACCAUCCAUCCUUUUACCUUUUCAAUCACCGGGGUCGGGGGCUAUUCCGCUCGCCGGAGGAGGAGCCCUCCUCCGCACGCAACCAGCAAGCUGUUCCCAACCCCAUACGGCUACGCAAGCUGGAGCAUUUGCACUGAGACUGGCCUUCCGUGCCUGUAACGACGUCAACGUCAGAUAAUAUUUGUUUUUUUUUUGUUAGACGGAGGAGGCAAAGCGAGAAUUCACCUUCCUCCACUUUAAUUUGUAUUUGUACAUAAACUAAUAUGCUGUCCAAACGUGCGUCUCUGUCCAUAAAAGUGGUCACUACAUUAUUCAACACUGACUGUGCCAACCCCUUCAAUUUUUCAAGCAAAUUUGUUUGUAUAUACAGUAUGUAAUCGCUUUGGAGUCUUAAGAUACAGAGACAUCGGCCCUUUUUGUCCCUUCUGAACUGAAUUGGGAUAAUGCUGUCCUUUGUAUAUCCUUUGUAUGAGGGGCAUAAAAACGCCUGUUUCGUUACUGUUUCAUUUCAACCACACAUCACUCCUCGGCAACUGGCUGGGCAAUAUUUUGUGAACCGAAAUGAGUUUUGUUGUAUGAACUGAGGACCCUUUUUUUUUUCCUUGAUGAUUUGCUGGAAGCAUGAAGGGUCGUCUGUACAUCCUUUAUGCAUUAAAGAGGUUUGCUUUAGGCCACAGGAAAUCAACUCAAGGUGAGAUGUGACAGCAGCAAACGUUAGACAGCCGUUCCACUGAUACUGUGAACAUGAAGGCAAACUAGAAAGUAGUGGUAAACUCGUUUGGGUGAAUCUUGUUUUUCCUUUAUUUUACAUUUUGUUAAGAUUCAACAGAUGUUUUUAAUUUAAUAAAAGGCUUACUGAUUUUACAA